AUGGCUGAUGCUUCUCCGCAAAUCAAAAGCAUGAUUACCAUGGAUCGACUUCAAGACAUAUACAGCACCGUAUCCCAACAUGUCGUGGCGCAUGCUCCAGCUAUGAAUAGUCGGCAACAAAAGAUCUCGAUUUCUGCUGCUGUUGCAUUAGUCGCCUUUUACACGGUGUACAAAGUUGUCACACCACCUAAAAAACUUCGACACAUACCAUCCAUGGGAUUUUUCUCCUACCUGAACGCCUUUUUGCGAGGGAAACAAUUGCAUGAGAUCUCCAAAAACGUGGUCUUGCCACAUGCUGUCAACGUAGACAAUGGCGUUUACUUGAGAUUUGAUAUUCUUGGGUGGACCGUUCACAUUGCCCGUCCAGAAGCAGCCAAGCGAUUUUUGCUAAAGUCAGACAUUUUCCCUAAAGCAGAUCUGAUAUCUGAAAGAGGUGAUACUCUCUUCGGCAAGUUUGUUUUCAACAGGAACAUCAUAACGCUGAAUGGCGAUGAUUGGAAGGCACAACGUAAGGUUGCCAACCCAGCAUUCCAUCGUGCCAUGCCCGUUGAGCUAUUUGGCAAGCUUACUAAAAAGACACUCAAGAAAAUGGAAGAGGAAAUGGAUGGUGGGACAUUGAACUUCCAUGAUGUCACUGAGCGAUACACUUUGGAUGUCAUUGGCUUGGCCGGCUUUGAAUUUGAUUUCGGUGCCAUUGAAAAUCCAAAGAGUGAAUGGGUGGAUCGUUAUCAAAGAUUGAUUGAAGCCACAUUUAAUCCUUGGUUCAUUGCUUUCCCCAGUCUUGAUAUGCAAUACCGUUUCCUUUUCCCUUCUCGAAAGCGACUCCACCGUGAAAUGGAUACCUUCCUUGACAAGAUGACCCAGGUGAUCACCCAUAAACGUGAGCUCCUCAACCACCAAAAAAACAGUGUGCCAGAAUCCGAACGUGAUAUCCUUACUUUGAUGAUCGAGGCUGAGAAAAAUGGCGAAGGAUCCAUGACCAACGAAGAAUUACAGAACAACCUACUGGUCUUUUUCAUAGCCGGUCAUGACACUACAGCUCUGGCUUUGUCAUACACUGCAUAUUAUUUGGCCGUCAAUCCUGAUGUCCAACGCAAGGCAAGAGACGAAGCUAUCAGAGUUUUGGGUGAUGCCCCUGAAGAUGUGAUGCCUACGAUUGAACAAACACGUCAAUUGACGUACAUCAACAUGGUCAUCAAAGAGACGUUACGUAUGAAUCCACCUUUGGCCACCCUCCCCGUUCGAGAAGCAAGCGAAGAUACCGAUUUGUGUGGUACCUUCAUUCCAAAAGGAACCCGUACGUUCCUUGAUCUUUACGAGAUCCAACACAACCCGACUGUAUGGAAAGAUCCUGAAACAUUCAAACCCGAAAGAUUCAAGCCCGGUGGCGAGGCUGAAGAAUUAGCUGGCUCAGGCAUGUCUUGGCUUCCCUUCUCCAAUGGCAGCCGACAAUGCAUUGGCCUCAACUUUUCUCUCGUCGAACAACGCGUGUUUUUACCCAUGCUAUUGAGGAAAUACGAAUGGCAUCUUCCCGAGGACUCAAUUCACAAGGAAAGGAUCCAGACUAUGGGACUUGCUGUAAUCAAACCCAAGGAUCUCAAACUCACAUUCAAGAAACGAUAUUAA